AUGGCUUUGCUAAAUGGAAUCGCCGUUUGGUGGGCUCCCAGUCUAAUUGGUCUUGGUUGGGUUCUAUGGGCCAUAUACGAAAUCUUUACGUCAUUCGUUCGCCGCGUUCCUGGCCCCGUGUACACUCUCUUCACCCGUCUCCCGUUAAAAUACUACACCCUCACCGGCCGCCGUCUCCAUUGGAUCCACGCACUGCACGAACAAUACGGUCCCAUAGUGCGCAUUUCUCCUCGCGAGAUUGCGGUGGCCGAUCCCGAAUCUUUCGCCGCUAUCCAUCGCAUCGGGUCAGGCUUUACCAAGAGUCCUUGGUACGACAGUAUACCAGAUGGCAUCUUUGCGAUGCGAGACCCAAAAGUCCAUUCGCAGCGUCGAAAGCUUUUUGCCAGGGCCUUUAGUGCGACAGAGCUGCGGGCCAACUGGGAAGGUGUUGUCAGAAAGAAAGUCGAAUUGGCCGUCCAAAAGAUACAGCGAGAGGCCGCGGACCACGGAGAGGUGGACGUGAUGAAAUGGUGGACAUUGAUGGCGACAGAUGUGAUCGGGCAUCUCAGUUUCGGUGAGAGCUUCGAAAUGCUUGAAGUUGGUCGCAAGACCGAAUAUAUAGACGUUCUCGAAUCUGCACUCAUCAACAGCGGUAUCAGGUCCGAACUCCCACUUCUACACGCCAUCCUUAGCUAUUUACCCAUCCCUUCCAUUCGAGCACUCAUCAACGCAAACAAGUAUCUCUACAACUAUGGCGCUCGAGCAGUCGCAAACCUGCGUAAUCAGAGUGGGAAUGCAUCAAACCUCUUCGGCACAAUGCUAGCUACACUGGAGAGCGAGGUCUCUGAGAAGGCUGCUUCGCUGGUACCGCUCACCGACCAUCAGGUCCAACUUGAAGCUGGAAAUCUCAUUGUCGCUGGUUCGGACACCACGUCCGUCACGCUAACCUACCUCAUCUGGGCUGUCCUUCAACGCCCUGAUUUACAGCGCCGGCUGGAGGAGGAGGUGUCGGGUCUGCCAGAGCGGUUUGAUGAUGCGGCGGUGGAGAAGCUCCCGCUUCUGGAAGCUGUCAUCAAUGAAACGCUGAGACUCUACGGGGCUGCGCCUGGAGGGUUGCCAAGAAGCGUGCCGAAAGGGGGUGCGACCCUGUGUGGGCAAUACAUCCCAGAGGAUUUCGUUGUUGAGACCCAAGCAUACACUCUCCAUCGCAAUGCGGACAUCUUCCCCAAUCCCCUCAAAUUUGACGAGUCCCGGUUCCUUGACCCGCAGAACCGCACCAAGCUUCAAAAAGCCGUGUUUACGCCCUUUGGGGCAGGCUCUCGGAUCUGCCUUGGUAUUCACCUUGCGAGAAUUGAGUUGCGCCUUGCUACAGCGGUAUUCUUUCGAAACUGCCGAGGCGCAAGGCUAAGCAAGUCUAUGACUGAUGGGCUGAUGGAGAUCGAGAACUUCUUCCUCAUAGCGCCUAAGGGUCACACCUGCAAGGUGGUGUUGUGAUUGUACUUGCUCGUUUUACCAAGGUGUUCG